CGCAGCGAGGUUAAAAUUGUCCGUUUGGAUAUUAAAUUGUCGGUAAAGAAUGCUGUAAAAAAGGAUCGUUUGGGGGUCGACGAACUGCCUUUCGAUGGUCCUUCUAAAUUAGGUUUGGUUCCUGAAUUACGUUCCCUAGGUUACGUCGAUAUUGUCGACUGGUCCUCGAUAUUGGGUGCUGAUCCGCAAAACUGGGUUUUCGCAAAUUUAGCCCCUGGAAAUGGUAGGUGGUGCUUUUUUAGGUCGUCCUUUUUUCUUUGGUUAACUUGCUCGCAAAUCCAAUUUUUAAUAAUAUUAACGGAAUGGUUUUUGGCAAUUUUGGAAAUGGUUAAAGGGUUCCCAAAUAUUUUCUUCGUAUCCGUAGUUUUCCCAUUUAACAAGGUAUUUUAUUUUGCCGUGGUUUCGUCUAUGGUCGAAUAUUUAUUUAACGUUAUAGGUUUGUUUUGCGUCGAUUUCGAUUGUUUUUUAUAUAUUGGUGCCGUAUGGUGCCGGCUCCAGUAA